AUGCAAGCUUUAGACAAAGCGACGAAUAGAAAGCAUAUUCGCUAUGCCAAUGUUCAUCAUCAUUGUUCCAUAUUAACAAUAAAGGGCUUUUUUCAUCUCCUGGGUCAACUUCUUCUACCGUUACUAUUGAACAUUUUUACUGUGACCAUUACAUUUGAUCAACGAAAUGAAAAUCGUAUUCAACGUGUUGAAGAUCGACGUCUAGCUGAACAACAACGACAGCAAGAUUUAAAUAUAUCUCGUCAGCAACGUGUUGAAGAUCGUGAAUUGGCCAAUGAUCAACGUGAACAAGAUUUAAAUAUUUCGUGUGAACAGCGUGAUACUGACAAAUGGAUAGCUGAACAACAACGUCAACAUGACAGACAACUUGCAGCAGAGAAACGUGAAGUUGAUGAUCUUAAUGCUGCAAUUCAACGAAAUAUGACACGUGCGGGUCAAUUAUCGAUUGGGGAAAACUCACUCGAUUUGACGGAAGCUCGUCUCGACAAUAUUGACUUACGAAAUCAAAGAAAUCUAGUGAAGAUCUUUUUAAAUGGUGCUCAUCUCCAUGAUGCUUUAUUUAUUGGUCAAAAUAUUUCAUAUGGGAAUUUCACAAAUGCUUAUCUUUAUCGUGCUAAUUUUAGUGGAUCAACUUGUAUUGGUACUAUAUUUAAUGGAGCAUAUUUAUUUGAAGCUGAUUUUUCCUACAGUAAUAUAAGAAGUGCUUCAUUCAUUGAAGUAGAUAUGCGACGAGCAACAUUCUAUAAAACCAUCGGUAAAAAUACUCAUUUUCAAUUCACACGAAUGCAAGAAACAAAUUUUUCUGACGCUGUUUUUGAUUGUACUCAAAUAAAUACACGAGGAUUCUUUGGUUCAAAUUUGGCUGUGAGUGAUUUUCGUCGAGCUCGUUUAUUACAAUGUCAAUUUGUGUAUUGUAAUAUAACACAAAUUGAUUUUUCAGCUACUGAUCUAAGACGUGCUAAUCUAACAGCAAGCAUCAUAUCAUAUGGUUUAUUUGACAACGCUGUUCUUGGAAGCGCAAUCUUAUGGGCUACGAAUUUGUCAUAUGCUAAUGUGUCGACCGUUCAAUGUUCGGGUAGUGUUGGAAAUAUCUCACUUUGUCUAUUCAAACAAGCUUUGACACUUGAAAAUGCUCAGAUGCAAAAUCAAUUAAUAGGAGCACCACCUGCAAGCCUUCUCUACGGCGAAGGUCGACUGCAUUGUGCAUUAUCUGUUCUCGGUGAUACAUCGUUAAUAGCUAAUGAUAGUCGAUGGAAGAUCAGUCCAGCUAAUUCCAUAUUCAAUGAGUACCGAUUUCUCAAUGACAAAAAACUCAAUGCCUGUAUUUUUACGCCUAUAAAUCAAACAAAUCAAGUUGAAAUGAAUCACUAUGUCGAUUUGAAUAUUUAUAAGACACUUAUACAAGCCAGACGUGCAAAAGCAACAGUGAUGUGUCACGUCGGCUAUUCUACGCGUGUGAUUAUUACUCAAUAUGAUGAAAACAACAAAUCAUUGGGUUCUAGCGAGUCAAUCCAAUAUCGAUGGUCUGAAUUGCUCAAACUAUCAACAACAAGCUUGAAACUUUCUGUACAGUUCUAUAAUCCAAUCGAUCAUGAUCAAUCGUGGUGUCGCUAUGUUCACCUACAUGUCGAAGUUGAUUUUAAGACACCCGAUAGUCAACUUUUGUAUCCAUGGGAAAUAUGA